AUGUGCAUCUCUGUGGUUAACACCAACGAAAGUGUCGAGCCCCAACCCUCAGAAGAGCGGUUGGUGGGAGUAAUGGCUGAAUUCAACUGUGUCGAAGAGACACUGGACGGUAGCUCUCAGGGGAAGAAGAGGAAGAUGUCCAAAACAGACUCACCGAAUUCUUCCACCUUUGAUGUAGCCACGCUAAUUGAUGCCAUUCAUCGUGAAGUGGAAGGCGACGACGCUCUCCCGUCCGAGGAAGAGCCCAAGUUGGACGGCAAUCAGUGGCCCUCCUCCACUAGCUUGAAGUUCUACGAUGACUUUGAUUUCAUUGACUUCGGCGACACGGCCGAGGAGCAAGUAGUCGUCUCGGCUCCUGAGCAGCCAAAGCUUGAAAAGCGAGGAUCCCUUGGCAAGCGUAGUCGUGGUCUUGGAAGGUCGCAGACCAUCAAGACCUGUCUCUGCCUCUUGGGAGAAGAGUCUUGA